AUGAAGACGCCAGCAGAGGAGGUUGCCCACAUAAACGAUCUCUUAAUAGAAAUCCUGCGACGAUUACCUACGAAGACUUUGUUACAGUUCAAACUCGUUUCAAAACAAUGGCUGUGGCUUAUAUCCAGCUCUGAGUUCAGCAUUUCCCACACUCGCUUCCUCCUCAAUGAAGGCCUUCUCAAACCUUCGGCACUUUUUCUCGAUGUCAUCUACAGACAACCACCUACGAAGUUCGUAUUCCUUCCUUUGAACCGCGACACCAAACAACUCCCGCCCUUGGAUUUCAUGAAUGCCCCUGACAUCAAAAUAAUGCAAUCUUGCGCUGGUUUGCUUCUUUGCACUUGUGAUUAUGGUAAUCAGAGUUAUUUUAUCUGUAACCCUGUUAUCAAGAAAUUCAAGACGAUCUCUCUUCCAAGGCCUCCAAUGCUGGAAUAUCAGCUUGUUGGUGUUAAUCUUGCUUUUGACCCUAGCAAAUCACCUUAUUAUAAAAUUAUUUCUAUUUGGCGAGAAGUUUUCCUCGAGAAAGACGAGGAAAACAAUUGCUUGCGUCAUAUGACUUCUAAUUUUUCUAUGGACAUAUACUCAUCAGAGACAGAUUGUUGGAGUGUAUCGAAAAUCAAAUUCACUUCAGAGGUCGAUACACAGUUCGACCAGGCUGUUUUCCUUAACGGUGCUAUCCAUUGGGAUAGUACUGCUAAAGAGUCACUAUACUUUGAUGUGGGGACCGAAUGCUUGAUGCCGAUGCCAAUGCCAAAGCUAAGUAGGCGGUAUAGCGGUCCUCGAUAUUUUGGGCAGUCCGGAGGCUAUUUGCAUCUCGCCGUUGGACGAAAGCCUGCUUGGCCUGAAAUGCGAAGUUUCAACCUUAUACCUCCUUACAGAAAUUAUAAUCUUUUUUGUCUGACUGUGCUAUGUGAUCAGGAUAAAGGAGAUUCAGUGGUUGCAGUACUUGAAAGUGGAAUGACCCUAUAUUACAAUAUGAGGGAUGAGGGAAUUGAGCUGAUGGAAGUACGGACAGAUGGUCCUAAGGCAUACAAUUAUCUGUUCGAUCGUGCAAGGUUUCGGUGCUGUGAAUACUUUGAGACCUUCUCUUGUGUUUGA